AUGUGGUUAGGAUAGAAAAUUAAAAAUGCCGCUGGAACAGUCAAAAAUGUGACUUCAAAUCUAUUGUAAGAGAAAUAAACAGAUUCUGAUAAAAAAUAGGAAUAGACAUAAACUUAAACCUAAAAAUAAUUAGAUGCAAAUCUUUUGGAAAUAGAUGAUUAAAUUACAUAAGAAAUGACAAUUGCUGAGCUGAUUUAAAGAUUCUAAUAGAAUGAUUGUUUAUGUUUGUAGUAACAAUUUGAUUCUUGGAAAAAUUAUGAAAAUUAAUUUUAAUUAUUGAAAUCCAAAAUCGUAGGAAUCAGAGGAGAAUUUAAUUAAUAAUUAGAGCAAUACUCAUAGGAUUUAUGGGACAAUGCAUAAAUAGUUGAGAGAUAAAAAAUUGAAUUCAUAAUAAAAGUAUUAGAUUAAUUACCAAUUUAAUAAGAGUUUCAAUCAAUUAUAAGUUGGAAUUAAUUUAAUGAAAAAUUAAAUAAAUUAUCUGCUGAUAUCAAAUAAUUAAGUUAAAUCAAAUAUGCUCCUUUGGUUAAAGAAAAUAAAUAAUUAAAGGUUAAAUUAUCAUAAUCAUCAAAUUAAGAUUAGAAAAUUCUAGAAUUGCAAAAAACAAUAGAAACAUUAAAAGAAGAGAAAGAAUAUUCAAAGAAGCAAUUCUAAGUCGAUUACAAUCAACUUGAGAUUCAAUUUUCGGAAUAAAUUAAAAGAUUAAAUUAAGAAAUGAUCUCUUAAAGAGAUUUAUUUUGUUUAGAAAAGUAAUAAUUAAAUAAAGAUAUAGAUGACUAUAUCUAGUAGAUUAAUUCUAUGGAAAAUAAUAAAUAAAAAUUCAAAAAUUUAAUAAAUAUUUUGAAAUAGAUCAAACUAUUGAAAACUAAUUUAAUUGAUGUUAAGAAUUUAUAAAAUGAAUUUUAAAACAUAAAAGAUUUAUUAGAAACUCAAUUAAUUAACUUUAUUCAAAAUUAAAAAUAAUAAGAUAAUGAAAAAGUUGAAUAGUAAGAAUAUGAAGAUGAAUUAACAGAUGAAGAUAUAAAGUAAGUUUAACAAUUAAUAAGAGUUUAUAAUAGAAAAUAAUCUGAUUAGGGUGAUAAAGAUAUAAUUCAAAAUAAAUAGGAAUUAUUACCAAGACUUCUAAAAUACAUUUAACAUUUAUAAAAUGAAUUAGAAGUUUUAAGAGAAUAACCCACUUGGUCAUAUUAAUAAAAUCAUAAUUCUAGUGAAUAAAACUAAGAUAUUAUAACUCUUGAAUUAUAAUAAUAAUUGAAUUAAAAAAGCAAUGAACUUUAUUAAGUUUAAGCUGAAUUGGAGGAAUUUAAAAUAUAAAUUGAAACUUUAAAUAUAUAAAUGGAAGAUUUGAAAAAUUAAAAUGUAGAGAAAUAAACUUAGAUUGAAAAAAUGUAAAAUUAGAUGAAUAAUGAUAAUUCAAAUAGAGAAAAUCAACAAGAAAAAAUUAUAUUAAAUUAAGAAAUAUAAACAAUAAAAGAAAAUAAUGAAGAAUGUUAAAUUAUAAAAAGCAUCGAAAUUGUCGAAUAAGAUAAUUUAAUUUAGUAGUCAUCUGAAUAAAACAAUGAAUAAUAAGAUGCUCAAAUUAAUUCACCCCUAAAUGAAACUAAAUAAAAUGAUGUUUAAGAAAAUAAUGAUUUAGGAGAUAUCAUUCAAACAGAGAAUAAUUUUAUAGAAAAUUAGUAAAAAUAAGAAGAUGAAUAAUAAUACAACUAAAAUGAUCAAUCAAUAUAAACAGAAAUAGAAUAGUGUGAUUAAACUACAUAGAUAUAAUUAAAAACAGAAAAUCAAAAUAAUUAAACAUCAUAAUUAAUUGAAACAACCACUUAAUUUACAUAACAUGAAAUUUAGUUUGAAAAUCAAGAUACAUAGAUUAAUAUAGAUACUGGAAAUAAAAAAAUAUAAGCAAUUGCUGAAUAAGAAAAUUAAGAAACUUAAGCAUAAAUUGACACUGAUCAUUAAACUACUUAAUAUACAGUUAUAUAAGGAGAUUAAAAUACAUAAACUCAAUUUGAAAUUGAAAAUGAUAAUGAUAAAUUAAUCUAUUCAACUGAUUAAUAAUAAUAAACUUUCAUUUAGUAGAGUGAUUAAAAUACACAAAUCUAAAUAACAACAGAAAAUUAAGAGACCUAAUUAAACUCUCUUACUGAAAAAAAUAACUAAUUUACUUAGCAUGAACUGGAUCAUCAAAAUUAAGUAACUUAAAUAAGUAUUGAAACAGGAGAUAAAAAAAUUUAAGCCACUACUAUAUAAGAAACUUAAGAAACUUAGGUUUAAAUUGAAACAGAAAAUUAAACAACUUAAUAUAUGACUGUAUAAGAAAAUUAAAACACUUAAACUAUUGAAUAACAAAAUAUUAUACAAACAGCUGAUUAAAAUACCUAAAUAUCUUUUGAAGAAAAUGAUCAACUAUAGAAAUAAUCAAUGAUCUAAGAAGAUUAAGAAAUCUAAACACUUGAACUCUAUAAUAAUUCUUAAGAUUAAUAAUAAUAAAAUAAGAGUAUAGAAAUAAAUGAAACUUUUUCAUUAGAUGAAUUAAAUUAAAAGAUUAAGAAAUUAGAAGAAUAAAUCAAUCAAUUUUAAUAAAGUCAAUAAAUUGAACAAUAGAAAUAAUAAGAUUAAAAUAAUGAAAUUGAAAACUUGACUAAAUAAAAUUAAACGUUAUCUGAAUAAAAUGAUUACUAAUAAUUGUAAAUGAAUAAUUUAUUAAUUUAAAUUGAUAAAUUUUAAGGAGAGGGUUUGACUUAAUGUAAUUAAAGUAAUAUGUUAAUUGAAGAUUUAUAAACAUAAUUAUAUGAAUAAAUAAUUAAAGUUGAAGAAUAAAAAAGAGAAAUUAUAGAUUAUUAAAAUAAUUUAAUUCAAAAAGAUUCAUAUAAUAAAUAAAUUGAAUCAAAAAUUGAAUUAUUAUUAUCAUAAGUAGAUGAUUUAAUGUAAAAGUUUCAAGAAUAGUUGAGUAUAAACUCAGAAUUGUAGGAAUAAAAUAAUUCAUAAAAUUAGAUAAUAUAAGAAUUUCAAGAGAAAAAUGAACUUCUCUCAAAAGAUAUUUGUAAUUUACAAUAAUAAUUAUCAGAAUUAUCAAAUUAAUAAAAGGAUAUGGAAUCAAUUAUUUCUGAAAAUUUAGAAUUAAAACUUUAAAAUUAAUAAAUUUAACUUUAAUUAUAGGAUUUGGAAAAUAAAUUUAGUGAUUAAGAAAAAUUAUAAUUGGAUUACGAAUAUCUCGAAAAAAUAUUUACAUAAUCUUAAACAAAAAUUAAGUUUUUAUAAAAUUAACUAACAGAAAAUUAAGAACUUAUAGAGUUACAGACCGAAAAUAAACCCUAACUUUUACAUAAAUCAACAUCAAUGACUGAAUAGGAAGGAUUAGAAAAUAUAAUUAUUGAACAAAAAGUAGUAGAUUAAGAAGAAAAUUAAAAUAAUAAUGAUGAUGUUAAAAAUUAAUUUUAAAGUUCAACUUAAGAAAAUUUAAAUGAAAUUAUUGACUAAAUAGAUUAAACUGAUGAUAAUUAAAAAUAGAUUGAAGAAAAUGUUGCAAAAAUAAAUUCGAUAAAUGAGUAAUAGGAAGUAAAAGUAAAUGUUGACCACUAAUAGGAAUAUUUAUCAGAACUUUAAAAUUCAUAAAACGAAGGUGAAAUAAUAAAUAUAUAAUUAAACUAAUAAAAUGGUUAAGAAGAAAAUAAUUAAGAUAUUAUACAAGAUUAAAAUUUAUAAUAGUAAAGUGAAAUUAAUGAUAAUGAAAUAAAUAACUUAUAAAUGACAUUGAAUUCUUCACAUCAAAUAAUUGAAUAGAAGUUAAUAGAAAUUUAAGGUUUAGAAGAUUUAAUAGUUAAAAUAAAAUAAAAUGAAUAAGAACUUCAAAAAACAAUAUAAGAAAAGGAGGAAAAAAUAAAAGAUUUGGAAAUAUAAUUAAAUGAUUUAUAAUUAAAUUUGAAUGAGAAUUAAUUAUUAAAAGAAGAACUAAAUAACUAGAUUAAUUAAUUAAGACAAUAAAAUGAGGAAUAGGAAUAAACAUUUAAUGAUUUCUAGAAUUUGAAAUCAUAAGAAAUUAAAGAAUUAAAUUAAAAAAUAUAAAGUUUGAUUGAAGCCUUGCAAAAUUCUGAAUCGUAAUUGAAUGAGUAGUAAUAGUAUGAAAAUUAGUAAGCUGAAUAUGAAUAAUAAUUAAAAUAGUUAAAAGAACUUCUUAAGGAAAAUGAAGAAACAAAUAUUUUAAAUCAAACUGCAUUAAAAGAAGCUUAACUUGAAAUACAAACAACUAGUUUAGAACUUGAAAAUAGUUAUUAAAAAAUAUAAUAACUAGAAUCUAUUAUAGAAAAUGAUUAAGAAGAGAAGAAUUAAUUAAAAUAUACUAUAUAAGACUUAUCUACAAAGGAUUAGCUUUUAAAAUAAAUUUAAAUUGAUAAAUAAAAUUUACUAAAUGAAAAUUAAGUGUAUUUAGAUUAAAUUGAAUAAUUUUAAGCAAAUCUAGACUAAAUGUAAAAUAAAUUAGAAUUAUUAAAUUCUGAGUUCAAUGAAGAAAAAUUGAAGAAUCAAAAAUAAAUAGAAAUAAAUAAUGAAAAUGAAAUCAAAAUUUAUCAGUUUUAAUAAGAAUAUUAAUAGAUUUCUUAAACUUUAGUUAAAUUAGAAUAGUAAUCUUCAAAAGAGAUAGAUGGAUUAAAUGAAUAAAUACAAGAGAAGGAAAAAGAAAUCUUAGCUCUUUAACAUGAAAUCUAAGUAUUAUAAUAACAUGUUGAGGAGUUGAAAGAACAAAAUACUUAGAUAGAAAAAAAUUAUGAAAUUCUUAAGGAAUAGGAGAAUAUAUUAAGGUAAGAAAGAUUAUAGAUGCAAUCCUAAUUAUAAAAAGAAGAAUAAGAAAAUUAAAUGUAUGCUGAUAUGAUUGUUGAAUUAGAAAGUAAAUUUGAGAAAGCGGAUUAUUAGAAGAAUGAGAUUUAGAAGGAGAAUUAAUAAAUAAAAGAUAAAAUUUCUCAUUUAGAAUAAAAUUAUAUAUAGAAAAAUGAGUAAUAUAUUGCUUUAUAUGAAUAAUCUAAUAAUUUAAAUGAUCAAAUAAAAGGUAAAUAGUAAUAAAUAUAGAUUCUGUAAAAAUAGAAUGAAGAAUAAGUAGCUUUUAUAAAAUAAAUUGAAGUUGCAUUUGAAGAGAUCUCUUAGAGUUUAUCUUUAGAAACAGUAUAAAAGCUGGAUAUUAAUUCAUUAGAUAAAAUAAAAGCAAAUGUUUUAUUAAAUAUAACUUAGAUUAGAGAUUCUUUUAAAAAAGAAAUUGAAAAUUUAACAUAAUAAAUUAAGUAGUCUUAAAAGGCAAAUUAAGAAGCUAAAUAAUAAUUAAGUGACUAUUAAUAGAAACUUAUUUUAUGUGGUACAGAAUAUUCUAAAAAGGAAUAAUAGAUUAAUUAAGAAAUUUAGCAGACAUAAAUAAAAUUUAAUGAGUAAGUAGAAAGGGCUAAUUAAAUAUAUAAUUAAUUUUAAAAAGCUGAAUAAAAGAAAAAAGAUUUAGAAAAAUAAAUAUAAGAUUUAGAGAAAUAAAGGAAAGAUUAAUUAGAUGAAAUAAAAGCAAAAUAAAGUGAAAUAGAGAAUUUGAAAAACUAAACAAAUAAGAAAUAAAAUGAAGUAAUUGUUAUUAGAAUUAUUAUAGAUUAUUACUUUAUAGAAUUAAUUGUCUAAUUUAUAAUAAGAUUUGCAAAAAAUGAAUGAAUAAAAUAAAGUGAUUGUAAAUAAGAAUUGUGAGAUUCAAUAAUUAACAAAGAAAUUAUAAUCUUAUGAAGAAACAAUAGAGACAUUAAAUUAGAGCAUAAUAAACUUUCAAUUUGUUAAUGAGACAGCUUAAUAAAAGUUUGAUAUUAAAGAGGAAGAAUAUGAAAAUAAAAUAAAAGAAUAAAAGGAAAAUAUUUAAUAAUUAAAUAAAUAAUUAGAAGAAAAACAUUUAGAUGAAGGUGUAUAGAUAUAAAUAUAAGAAUUAUAAUAAAAAAUAAGAAAGAAGGAAGAAAUGAUAGUUUAAUUGUAAUAUGAGAAGGAAUAAAUUAUUGAGAAUUAGAAUAAGAAAUUUUAGAUGAUAGUUUAAAAUUAAUAAAAUUUAAUAGACAAACGUAUAAUAAAGGAGGCUUUAUUAAAUUAUUUUGAUAACAGAGCACCAUAGAAAAUAAGACAAUCUAUCCUACAAUAAUUAUGUUGUAUAUUGACAAUGACAGAAUAGGAGGCUGGAAAAAUAGGUAUAUAUAUAGAAUAUAAAAUAAGGUAUUUAAAUAUAAAAGUUAAAUCAAUAAGAGAUUCAAUAGAAAUAAGAACAAUAAUAAUAGUCAUUAAAGGAUAAUUUGUUGAGUUUUUUAUUAAAUGAUUGA